UCGCGGAGAGGCGGGCGGGGAAGGCCGGAGAGGAGGACGCGCCGAGGGAACCAGCGGUGAGGCUAUGAGGCUCUGGCGGGCGCCAGCGGCUUCCCCGUGACGCCUUCCACCACGGCGGAGCCGCCCAGACCCACCUCCUGCCGCGUGGUCAUCUACCUGCAGCGGGACAUGUCCGGAGACACCGGGCUGGCCGGCCUGGGCCCGGCCGCGGGGGCCAAGCCCAAGGCCGGCGGCCCGCGCGGCCGGGGCCUGGGCAACAAGUACGUCCAGCUGAACGUGGGCGGCUCGCUCUACUACACCACGGUGCGGGUGCUGACGCAGCACGACACCAUGCUCAAAGCCAUGUUCAGCGGGCGCAUGGAGGUGCUCACCGACAAGGAGGGCUGGAUCCUGAUCGACCGCUGCGGCAAGCACUUCGGCGCCAUCCUCAAUUACCUCCGGGACGACACCGUGGCCCUACCCCCGAGCCGGCAGGAGGUCAGGGAGCUGAUGGCCGAGGCCAAAUACUACCUGAUCCAGGGCCUGGUGGACACCUGCCAGGCGGCGCUGCAGGACAAGAAAGACUCGUACGAGCCCGUGUGCACCAUCCCCAUCAUCACGUCGCCCAAGGAGGAGGAACAGCUCAUCGAGUCCUCCACCAAGCCGGUCGUGAAGCUGCUGUACAACCGGAGUAACAACAAGUACUCCUACACCAGCAACUCGGACGACCACCUGCUGAAGAACAUCGAGCUGUUCGACAAGCUGUCGCUGCGCUUCAACGGGCGCGUGCGCUUCAUCAAGGACGUCAUCGGGGACGAGAUCUGCUGCUGGUCCUUCUACGGGCAGGGCCGGAAGCUGGCCGAGGUCUGCUGCACCUCCAUCGUCUACGCCACCGAGAAGAAACAGACCAAGGUGGAGUUCCCCGAGGCGCGCAUCUACGAGGAGACGCUCAACGUCCUGCUGUACGAGACACCGCGGGUCCCCGACAACUCGCUGCUGGAGGCCACCAGCCGCAGCCGCAGCCAGGCCGCCGGGGCCAGCGAGGACGACGAGGCCUCGGAGCUGCGCGAACGGGUCCGCCGGAUCCACGUCAAGCGGUACAGCACCUACGACGACCGGCAGCUCGGCCACCAGUCCGCCCACCGCGACUGACCGGGCGGCUCCCCCCCGGCCUCCGGCGGGCUGCGAACCUCGGGACCUCCGUCGUCGGUGUCCCCGUCGGGGGCUCCCACCCCGGUGCCGACCCCAAGGACCGAGCCGGGCCGGACUCACUCCGAGGUAACGCUACCGAGGCCUCUGGCCCCGGAGGACGGGCGGGCCGGCGGCCAACUUCCCGUCCCCGCUUCCCGUCCUGCCCCCGACCCUCUCGGACGGGGCUGGGCUCCCCUUUUGUCUCUGGAUCCGGCCGCUUGGGCCCCCACGGGGGCUGCCGGCUUCCUAGAUCCUUAGUUGGAAUACACUACAGCGUGGAUUAUUUUUUGACCCGCCUCCUGGAGUCGGGGAGCCCUUCCUCUUCAGGGGGCGGGGCUCCUCGGACACUCAUUUAUCUGAACCACCCUCGUAGGGUGGGGAGAAUCAAGAGUUUAUAAAAAGCGAUUUUACUGAUUUUGGUAGCUCGGGAUCGGAGUCUUUUAAUCAAAGCUAAGAGGGUUUGGGGCGUCCCGUUAGCCUCUCGGGGCAUCCCAGCCCUGCGGGCGGUGCGGAGCGUGGGGAUUCUCUCCCCCGGACUCUGCCCUUUCUCAAAAGGCCUCGGGGACCCGCCAGCUUCUGCCUCAGGCGGCCUCACUCGUCCCACCCACUCAAGGAGGGAAGGGGCUAGACUUCCCUGAGCCCCUUCCACCUCAAGAAGGGGUGGGGAGUCCCUGAACUCGCACAACCCCUGGGCGGAAGGGGGCCAGAGUGGCGACCGGGUUUGAGACGGGAAAGGUGAGGCGAAAUUCCAACACUCCCACCCUGAGGGGGAGAGAGCGCAGAAUAAGUUGGUUCUUUAUGGGAACCAGGGUGCGGUUGGGCCACUGAGAGCGCAGACAGGGAGGUGAGGACCGGACCGGCUCAGAGCCGGAGGGAAGUGGAUCCGCGUGGCCCCCGGCACCACCGUCCCCCCUCGCUGCUGUUUUAGAUUUAACCCUCCAUUGGAGCAGGUGGGAGAACCGGGCAGUAGCCACCGUAGAAAGAGAAAGGGUGCGGCCAACCGCCCGCUUUUCCCUCCCAGCGGGCUUUCUGUGGCAUCGCGUCCAAGAGGGCCGGAAGGCAAACUCACCGUCGGCCGCUGAGUUCGGUGUCAGCGGCCCACGGCGUGGGCUGUUUCAGAGAGCAGGGUUUCUCCGUGUCCGUGGUGACGGGAGUCUCUGGCGAGGAAGCCGUCUGUUUGGGGAUUGGCUCGGGCCUGUGUCCAGGGAGCGAGGCGGGGGCUGGACGGGGCCGUGGGGCUUGUCGGGUUUGCUCCUCUCUUUCUAGGCCCUCACAAGGGAUGGGGCAGCUUUGCAUUUUUAGGAUUUGGAAUUGGCUCAGGGCUAGUGCCACAGCUGGACUGUUCCCCGGGCGAGAGAGGAUGAGGGAGGUGGCCGAGCGGCCUCUCCCUCUGAGGAGGAGGAGGCUGAGGGGAGCUGUUUUAACGUCCCAGUCCAGAAUGUGGGCUUCUAGCGGGCUCUGCUGACCAGCUCUUCCUGCUGGUCUUGGCCUCAGGACACAGAACGGAGCAACCUGCUUCCCGGAGGGGAGGAAGGGAGCCUUCAGGGCCGGGACGCAAACUGCCCGAUGCCUGGAGAGCUAUUUUGAGGCUCGAAUGCCCACCCGGGCUCCCUACCGCCCUGGGGCCCGGGAGAGAGGGUGAAGGGUGGGGUUAUAUUUUUUAGAAAUAGGAAUCCCUGGCUCUGGUUUUGAUGAUUUAGUUAGUACAGAGCAUCCUGCAUCUAUUUUUUAAUCCUUUCGCACCAGUGUAAGACUUGAAAUGUAGACGCGCCAAGCCUGGUGGUGGUCUUCGGGCUUUGGCCUCUCCUCGCUGGCUGGAGCUUCCGUUUCCAGUCUCGUGGCCGUCGGGCGGCUUGGCCGUCCAUGCUCACGAGCCCCCUUCUCCCCCACCUUCUCCCCGGCUCACGUUGAGGUUGGGGGGAAGGUGACAGUCUUCCGACAAUCAGUUUCCUCGGGGCAGGAGAAUCCCGGCUGCUACUCUUCAGCCAGACAUCCAGAGCGGCGGGCCACGGGCCCGGAUAGCGUGGAAUUUAGGUCUGGCCGUGGCGCUUAGACGUCUGUGUUGCUCCCGACAUCCCCCAGGCUCUCCUCUCUGCUCCAAAUGAAUCCCAGCCUUGCCGGUCUUACCGGCCGAAGGAAGAUGGGGCGGAGGCCGAGGGGAACGGGCCGGGAUCCAACAGACGAGAGGCUGUGUCGGGUAGCCCCUGUUCACCAUUUCGGUUUCGUUGGGAGCGUUCAGCACGCUCCCCUUCCGCUAAGCUGCUGUUUGAAGUGAUUUUAUCAGACGGUUGGGAGGCAGGGGCAGAAGCCGGCGGGUCGGCCCGCUCAAACCGCUUCUCGUCACCGGUACCUCGCGGGAGGGUGGCUCAGGGGGCGGACUCGGCCUCGUCUCGGGUCACGGGCUCGAUUCGCUCUCUCGGCCCCCGUGGGCAGAGGCGGCGCUUCGGCCGACGGACCGCUCUCCUUUCAAUCGAUAAUUGUACCGUUUCGCUCCGUGACCGGCCCGGCUGGUGGGUAUGGAACACUAAUUUUUAAUAAAAAAGACUUUCUACUGAACCGUGA